AUGGUUCCUGCAAAGGAGGGUGGGGAGAAGACAAAGAGCCAUUCUGCCAGUUCUACCAUCAACAAAGUGAUGACAGAGUACACCAUCAGCAUCCACAAGCGCAUACAUAGAGUGCACUGCAAGAAGCUGGCCCUUCAGGCACUCAAAGAGAUCCAGAAGUUGGCCAAGAAAGAGAUGGGGACUCCAGCUGUAGGCCUUGAUAUCAGGCUCAACAAAUCUGCCUGGGCCAAAGGAGUGAGGACCAUCCCAUACCGCAUCCCCAUGAGAUGGUGCAGAAAACAUGCAGAUAAAGAUUUACUAAACAAGCUCUAUACUUUGGUUCCCUACAUACCUAUCAUCAUUCUGAACUUUCCUUCCCUUCAUUCCUAG